AUGACCCGCUGAAGACUGGCCCUGGGCCUGGUAUUCUGCCUGCCCAGCACAAGUCUCUGCUUCCUGUGGGGAUAUGUCAAGGACUGGCUGUUGGUCUCCUACGUGCCUUACUACCUCCCCUGCCCAGAGCUGUUGUACCUGCACCUUCAGCUUACGGCUCUGAGAAGGAGGUUCCCAUGGCCUGAGCCUCCCCUUGGCAGGCCCACAGAGCUGCUGACACUCACGCCCUGGCUGUCACCCAUCAUCUCUGAAGCAACCUUCAACCCAGAGCUUCUGAAGACCAUGUACCAGCCACUGAACCUGACCAUCGGAGUCACCGUGUUUGCCGUGGGCAAUACAGUGAUGUGGGAGGGUUUUUUGAGGGAGACACAAGAUGCCUGGGAGAUCUCCAUGCACCGAACGGAGGCCAUCAGCAAACUCAUUGCCGAGAGGGCCCACCAGGGCCCCGAGACCUUGGGGGAUCUAGUGGCUGCCAUUCACCCGGGCUACUUUGCUGUACCUCGCCAGCAGUUCCCUUACGAACGCAGGCAAGUUUCCUCUGCCUUUGUGGCAAACAGUGAGGGGGACUUCUAUUAUGGCGGGGCAGUCUUUGGGGGACGAGUGGCCAAGGUGUAUGAGUUUACCAGGGGUUGUCACAUGGCCAUACUGGCAGACAAAGCCAACGGCAUCAUGGCAGCCUGGCAGGAGGAGAGCCACCUGAACCGCCGUUUCAUCUGGCACAAACCGUCUACGAUCCUGUCCCCAGAGUACCUCUGGGAUGACAGGAAACCUCAGCCGCCAAGCCUGAAGACGAUCCAGUUCUCCAUGGUAGACAAGGACACCAACUAGCUGAGGAGCUGACAGCAGAGCUAAGACCCACCCAUAGGGGCUGGAGAGAUGGCUCAGCAGUUAAGAGCACUGACUGCUUUUCCAGAGGUCCUGAGUUCAAUUCCCAGCAACCACAUGGUGGUUCACAACCAUCUAUAAUGUGAUCUAACGUACACUGUAUACAUAGUAAA